CACGAUAACUUUAUUUUUUACAUAUAAAUCUGUUAUCUUUUGGAUUUCUAGUCUACUUUCGGACCAGUUUUUGAUAUAAUCAGAAAAUCACUGAUUGUUGAAUAUCGAACAAUCGAGUGACGUCACCUAAUGCAGAUAAUCCCACUAGUAUAAUAUCGCUGUUAUUUUUCAAGUACUAGUGGGUAGAAGGCAAUCAUGGCUGAUACAUUAUUCCACAAUAGAUCACAGAGUCGAUACCCGUACUGGGUGAACUAUCCACCGACUGUACCGAAAUACCCGUCGUCCCAGGAGAUGUUCAGAGGAACAGAGCCAGAAAAGUUUACAAUUAAGAAAGGACGAGACUCGCACCAGCAUUGGACAGACAAGUGGUACGACUCCGGUGACCCAAUUCGCCGCGAGGAAGAGUUGCCAAAACGUGUACAUUUGCAAGAACCUUGCCAACGACGGUGGCAGUACAAUCCCGGUACGUCGGCGGUCAGCAAAUGGACACGGGUUGGCAAAGAUUGGCCUGUUGACCAUUCCAAAUACUGGACAUCGGGUCAACCCCCAGCAGAAGUCCAGCGAGCACGUGGCCUGUAUCGUCUUAGUACCCGGGAUGAAAAGCUCUAUCCAUUCUCCAACUAUAUGACGUCACAAUACAGACGACCAGUUUAUUCCAUAUUUGGCCCCAUCCAGAAGAAGGAAACUUACGGUUUAACACACCAGCAUAACAGACAUGGAUUUAUGCCUUUUGAAGACUUUUAUUAAGUAACGUUAGUUGCAUUCAAAUUAAGAGCCCUUCAAUUGCUAAUUAAUGUAUGUACAGCAUUUAAAUGAAUCCGUUGGCUUAUUAAAAAAAAAGAGUUAAAUUCAUGAUUGGAACAAUGAACUGAAAAGUGAAUUUCAUGUCUCAUAGAAGACUAUAUGACGUACACUUUUAAUUACAUAAGUCUGUUUAAUACCAUGUGAUGUUUGUAUUUUAUGAAUGUUUACGAGUUGAAAAUCAGUUAUAAAACAUAAUUAUGUUGUACGUGGUUACAUAAAAUUGUACAUAUUUUGUCUUGUUCAAAAGUAAUACAUUAAGAGAUCCAGAAACCAUAUAUAUUUUGUUUUACUCUUGUACCAUAAUGCUGUAUAAAUAAUAUGUAUCGAACACUG